AUGGUUGCCCGUCAUAUCACUUUACUUGAUCCAUCAACAGUAGCAUUAACUCCAACGCAUGAUGAUGAUGAAGAGUACAAGCGACUAUUCAUUGAGACACACUCAAAACACAUCUUAUUCUCUGGUACGCAUAUUUUACAAACACGAUUUUAUCAGGGAAAGGAAGUCAAGGCGAUCGUACUCAGAACGGGAUAUUCUACACUUAAAGGGCAGCUUGUUCGAUCAAUAAUGUAUCAGAAACCAGUCGAUUUUCGAUACACGAAGGAUCUCUUCAAGGUUGGUGGAUGA